AAAAUCACUGACCGGUGAACAAAAACUCACCGUCCCGGACACGGGGAAAUUGUACAAUUCAAUUAAUAGACCCGCGCGGGGAGAGCUCAGAGGCUGAAGCACUCACUAUUACCUGAAAAAUAUAAAUUUUCCACUCUCUUUCUCUAUCUUGCCCCAAGAUUCCCCCUUUCUCCCUCCUCCCCUGUUAAAGUCCCCGGGAGCUGCGUGAGGAAGAAGACGGCAGACACAGGGAACGCCUGACAAGCCGGCGAGGAGCUCAUUAGCCGUCAACAAGGAGAGGUUUUUUAACGUGGGAGGAAGAAGAAGACUUCACGAUUCAUAGGAAGAUUAAAGAUGCCGACAUCAAAAGCCAGGAAUGGAUCGUCAGAAGUUCCUCAGAAGACUUCUCCCGUCACUCCCAAGUCAUCUCGCGGAUCAAAGAAAGCGGGCUCUGAAUCUGAUUCAGUCAGUUCAAAGCUCACACCUGGAAAGAGCUCAGCUGAAAGAAGUCCCAAGAUCACCGAACGCCGGUCGCCCAAAAGCCCUGUGUUUGCGAAGAAGCUGUUGGUCAAACCGAGUGACCUAGAGAAUGAGGUUACUCGUCUACGAGAUGAAUUGAAGAAAACAAAUGAUCAGUUGAACUUGUCUGAAUCAUUGAAGAAGCAGGUACAACUGGAAUCUGAAGGGGUCAUGAAAAUGCUCACAGCCAUGGAAGGAAAGCUUGAGGAGUCACAGAACCAGCUUGCGGAGUUCUCCACCGCAGAGAAUGCUCGUCGUCAAGAGCUUCACAAAAUCUCUCAGGAGCGUGAUAAGGCAUGGCAAUCUGAGCUUGAAGCCCUCCAGAAACAACAUACAGAUGACUCAGUGGCUCUGGAAUCUUUGAUGAAUGAGAUUCGAAGGCUUAAACAACAGCUUGAUAUGGUUAUGAAAUCUGAAACAUCCCAGGUGGAGGAUUCUGAGACUGUACAAACUGAAUUAGCAGCCUUGAAACAAGAUAUGGAAGCUACCCAAUCCACUGUUGAGAACCUUAAAGUCCAGAUUAAUGAGAAGGUGAUAGUAGAGGAAGAGGCAAAACUCGCAGCUUCUGAGAUCCAGAAGCAGUUAGAAAUGGCCAAUGCCACCAUUGAAAGUCUCCGUAGCGAGGGAUGCGGUCUACAACAGUCCUUGAACUCUGUAACUUCCAAUUUAGAAGAAUCUAAACUUCGAGUCAGUGCACUCGAGGAAAUGGUGAAAGAACUUCAGUUGUCUGUAGAAGAUGAUGAAGUAGGAGGGAAGCCUCCAUCUGAAGCUGAAUCUGUUGCAUCAGAAUCUGAAUUGGAACUAUUGAGGGCUGCCCUUGAAGCAGCGGAGGCUAAGCUCCAUGAGGAACAAAUUGAAAGCACUAUGAAGAUCCAAUCAGCAAUUGAGAUGGCUGAGCAUGUGAAAGUUGAUGCAGGGCUGAGGGAAUUAGAACUGGAGUCAACCUUACAGAAAACAACUGCAGAGCUUUUAGAUUUGAAAGCUCGCCUUUUGAGUAUGGAAACGGAACUCCCAGCCAUAUCGCGAAUGAAUGAGGAAUUGAAAGAUGAAAUGGAUAAGGCAAUGGCAAGCCAUUUUGAUUCGGAGAUGAGGCUGAUAAAGGCUAGUACAGAAGUCACAGAACUGAAAUCAAACCUCUUGGAUAAGGAGACACAGCUGCAAAGCAUUAUGGAUGAGAAUGAACAGCUAAAAUUGGAGCUCAAGAGAGACAGGGAGCAUCAGGAGAAUUAUGCUGCAGCUAUAUUGGAUGCCGAGAGAGCAAAAGCUGCAGAACAAGAAGCACUGAUGAGACUAGGUAUUGUCAAUGGGGAGGCUGAAAAGAAUAACAAGAAGGCAGCAAAGGUCUUGGAGCAGCUUGAGGCUGCUCAGGCAGUGAAAUCAGAGAUGGAGGCUGAGCUGAGGAGGCUUAGCGUGCAGUCAGAUCAGUGGAGAAAGGCAGCUGAGGCAGCUGCAGCAGUUCUCACACCAGGGAACAAUGGCAGAAUAGUUGAGAGGACGGGCUCUCUUAAUUCAGACUACAAUUCACUGCUCCCUGGGAUGCUGCUAAGCUCCCCUUUCUCCGACGACUUGGAUGAUGAAUCUCCCAAGAGGAAGAAUGGCAAUAUGCUGAUGAAGAUUGGCGGAUUGUGGAAGAAGGGCUCAAAGUGACCAGAUUUGAUCUAACUGGUCAUUAUUCUAAGGAGGAUUUGCAGCUGUUUUGCUGUCAUGGGAGAUUUUCGUUGCUUAUUUUUUUAUCUGCAACUCCGGAAGUUGAAUUUGGGGUACUUUUGAACAUUAUUGUAUAAAUAUUUUCUUCUUUUU